AACACACACACUCCGCUCCCUCCAGCGCGCACGCACGCAGCGCCCCAGGCAGACCAGCGCGGCGGCAGCCUCUCCGGACGCCCAGACGCCGGAGGGCUCAGACCUCGGCGCGGCUGGUGCGUCCGCACCCGCCCGCGCCUCCAUCCCGCAGUUCCUCCAGGCUCGCGGGAUCCCUCCCGCCUCCGCCGCCGCUGCCGCCGCGCCCGCCGCCCCCGAAGAAGCUAACUGGCCGGCUGCCGCCGCGCAGUUCCUUGGCGGUCCCCGAGGUAGCUCCGCUGCGGACCCUGCCGUCCUGGGGCCGCGCCCCGCUCCUGCGUCUUGAAGGCUGAGCAGAGCAAACUUCGCAGAUCGGCCAACGCGCGGCGGACACCCAGCCGUGUCCCCGCGCGCCCAGGUGGGCUCAGGGCGUUCGGACAUUAGGGCAUCGGGCUGCCUCACCCGUUGCACCUGCUCCAUCCCUAUCCGCUAGCAGGGGACUCUAGAGACGCCACCACUUAGCAAACUUUUCCGCCCCCGGAAGGGGGUGAGAAAGGGGUAAAACGAGUAAGAGGUCUAGCCGGGCGCCCUCCCUGGGCGCCGCCGUCAAGCUGGACCCCACCGUCAAGCUGGAUCCCGAGGAGCGUAGAUCCCCCUCCCCCCGGCCACCCUCCACCCUGUCCCCGGCUCCUGCUCUUCCAGCGGGAGCUAGGGGCGGGGUGCGCAGGGCAACCCAGCCGGUGAGGAUCGCCACUGGGCAACCGAUCAUGGCCCAGCGCAAUGGGGCGGGUUGCUUUGGCCGGGCUUGGCGCAGGGUGUCGGGGUUCCAGGACGCCUGGCCCCGGCGCUCGAGCAGCCUCCUGUGCCUGCCCGCCUUCUCGGCUGAGCCCGGGCCCGGGGCACCCCUGGCCCGCCGUCCACCUCGCGGUGGCGGCGGCCCCAGCGGAGGGGGCCCCCCACCGGCUGCCGGCCCCCCGCCUCCCGGCUGCUGCUGCUGCUGUUGCCACCGCUUACAACUUGGAGGUGGCAGCGGCGGUGGCGGAGGAGGCGGCGGCCGUGGGGCGCUGCAGUGGGACGCGCGCGGCUGCCAGCCUGCGGGACAUGCCCCCCGCACCAGCGCCUUGCUGGCAGCCAUGAAGAGACAGAACGUGCGGACUCUGUCCCUCAUCGCCUGCACCUUUACUUACCUGCUGGUGGGCGCCGCCGUGUUCGACGCCCUCGAGUCCGACCACGAGAUGCGCGAGGAGGAGAAACUCAAAGCCGAGGAGAUCCGGAUCAGGGGCAAGUACAACAUCAGCAGCGAGGACUACCGGCAGCUGGAGCUGGUGAUCCUGCAGUCGGAGCCGCACCGCGCCGGCGUGCAGUGGAAAUUCGCCGGCUCUUUCUACUUUGCCAUCACGGUCAUCACCACCAUAGGUUACGGACACGCGGCACCUGGCACCGACGCUGGCAAGGCCUUCUGCAUGUUCUACGCCGUGCUGGGCAUCCCCCUGACGCUGGUCAUGUUCCAGAGCCUGGGUGAGCGCAUGAACACCUUCGUGCGCUACCUGCUGAAACGCAUCAAGAAGUGCUGCGGCAUGCGCAACACCGAGGUGUCCAUGGAGAACAUGGUGACCGUCGGCUUCUUCUCCUGCAUGGGAACGCUGUGCAUCGGGGCGGCCGCCUUCUCCCAGUGCGAGGAGUGGAGCUUCUUCCACGCCUACUACUACUGCUUCAUCACCUUGACGACCAUCGGAUUCGGGGACUACGUGGCGCUGCAGACCAAGGGUGCCCUGCAGCGGAAGCCGUUCUACGUGGCCUUCAGCUUCAUGUACAUCCUGGUGGGGCUGACGGUCAUCGGAGCCUUCCUCAACCUGGUGGUCCUCCGCUUCCUGACCAUGAACGGCGACGAAGAGCGGCGGGAAUCGGAAGACGGGGAAUCGCUCCCUGGAAACCGAACCAGCACGGUGGCCCACAUCUCGGAGGAGGCGCGCCAGACCCGCCAGCGGUGCAAGAGUGAGGGCGGCGACCUGCAGUCCGUGUGCUCCUGCGCCUGCUACCGUCCCCAGGCGCCGAACUUCAGUGCCAAGCUCGCCCCCCACUCCUUCCACUCCAUCUCGUACAAGAUCGAGGAGAUCUCGCCGAGCACACUGAAGAACAGCCUCUUCCCGUCCCCCAUCAGCUCCGUCUCGCCUGGGUUGCACAGCUUUAACGACAGCCACAGGCUGAUGCGCCGCCGGAAGUCCGUCUAAGUGUGGGGAGGGCAGGAACGGAAGAGUCAUUGUCAUGUGGAUGUAAGUUCCAUCGCCCGACUCGCCUUUCCCUCCUUAUUUAUUUUUUAUUAUCUUUUGUUCUGAUUACGGUCAUCACCAUUACUUUCUCUCCUCCCUCCUUUCCUGGUUUCAUUUCUUCUCCACCUUUCCAGCCAGGCAGAGCUGUCCAAAGGGAAGAAAAGGCCCAUCCUUCUCUGAAACUCGCAUCUGAGCAUGAAGCAUGGAUUUCUUCCUUCCUCCCCCAGCAAAGUAUGCCUUAUAUUCUCCCGCCCUGCCCCCUUUCUCUGGGGUGGCUUUUCUAGGACAGGUGUGAGACCAAGAGCACGGAGACAGAGCUGAGGAUACCCAGUCUGAAGUUGCUCACCAAGCCGAGAGCCUUUGAUCUCCGCCCCUAGUGGCGUCUCACUAACUGUCUCUUUUCCUCCCCAAGGACUGGGUGGCUGUGUCUGUGUGCAGUGUGAGCGUGUGCCUCUAUGUGCCGGUGGAUCGUGUGACCAGAUGGGAAGUGUCAGGCUCAUUUUCACCCCCCUCCCUCAUGUUUUGUUGGAAGCGUGCUUUUGGCUGCUUCCAAACAGAAUGGAAAGACGAAACCCAAGAGGUUUUUAUCAUCUUGCCAAAUCCAGCAUGUUCCAUGAGCAGCCUUGACCGGGGUGUGCCCCGACCACAGGUUCUAAGUUAUAUCAACUUUUUUUCAGGGGGUGGGUGGGCAAGACGACAUGGAUCAUUUUAGCUUGCCAGUUCAAAAAUUUAAAAAGCAUGCACUUUGUGAAACUGGCAUGCAUUAUCAACAAAAGUAGCAAUGGAAUAAUCAAAAGCCACCACUAUGAAAGAAUUUUAGUUUUAUCAUCUCCAGUUCCAACAAUUUACUGUGCAGCUGGAAUUGUCAGGGGAAACUGGGAAAUUGUUGGAACCCCAGAGUAUCUAUUUUAUUAUGUCCCUCUUCUCGAUGAUGAUGACGUGACGAUGACUUUGUGCAGCACUGACCUGCGUGAAUAGGAAGUAGAGUUUUGGAAUGCUUGAGAAUGGGGCUGGUAUGUGGAUGUGCUUUCUUUUCCUAAUAAAAGGUGACAGGGCAUUCCUCGCUUAAAAGAUAUAUCUCUAUAUAUUUCAAGAAAGAUUGUCUGGAACUGCAUUUGAUUUGUAAAUAGGGAAAGUUCAAGUUGGUCUCAGGAAGAGUUUAGAGGCUGUAUAUUGGCCUGGGAACUUGUCAAUCUCAGGGGACACUUUGGUUUAGGCAGAGGAGAAAUUCCUCCCCACUCCCCAUAAGGGGUGACCCCAAAGGGAAGGCAUGCUAAUCUCUUAGGGGACACGUUAGGCUAGAGAAUAUGGCACACAGUAGGCCCUUAUGAUGGCAGGAGUAAGGACAGUUUGACCUCUACGUUCACUGAGGGGACUUUAAUUUCUCUCAUCAUCAUCUCUGCCAUUUCUAAAAGUCACCCAUUUGCUCAUCCUCCCAACUCCUUUUUUGUGCACUGGAAAUUCCUGGCUCUUGGAUGGAAAUGGGCUUCGCUGCACUGCUCAGAAGGAACACACUGGCCUACAGGAUUUCUUAAAGGAGACCGAACCCAAAUCCACCUGGCCCAAGCAUGUGGGCCACUGGGCGGAAACAGGAGCGCUUGGACUCCUCUGAAAAGCUACGCAUGCACACCUUAAUGCUACAUCCCGUGUUGAAAUGUCCCUCUCGCCUAGGACACAGGACCUUCGGAAGGAGUCUGUGAACCUCAGACUCUCUUGGCCAAACUUGACAGUUAUGAACCUUCAAGGCCUCUAUCAGCUUGCUCAUCUUUAAGAUUUCGUUUUGUGGAACGCCCUGCAUAGGGUGCUCAAGUCUGUCCAGAGAAUAGACAACUCUUCUUGAAUUUUCUCUCUGAAGGGAUUGUUGGUUAUAGGAGGUCAGAGGUGUGAACACACUAAUGUGUAUUUGCAGACUACUUUUUGCUUUGGAGGCUGCCUGGGACACAUGUAGGAGUUCUCCUGAAAACCUUUGUAAGAUUUGCCCUCGAAUGGGGGAUGUGUGAUCGUCUUUGAUCUUUAUGUGGCACAGGGAGGUUGAGAGAUCUGCUCAGUAUCAGAGCUGAUCCUUGACAGAACCAAGGCCAUUGCCUCAGACCAGACCCCACGAGGGUCCACAACACUGACUCCACCACACCGGCCCUCCAGUGAGGCACCCUGUCCCUGUCUCUCCACAGGGACACACACUGUGGAGUCAGAAGGAGGUCAGCUCACCCCCUUCAGAGCUGGUUUCCCUCUAAAGUAUCUGCAUAAAGUGGUCAUGCAGUGACUGCCCUACUUGGGUGCUCUGAGUGACAGGGAGUUCCCCUCUUCCCAGGGAGACAUAGGACACACGCUGUAUUCUCACAGUUGACUCCCUUUUUGGAGGUCAGGGUUGUAGGACGAAGCCUUUGUCUUCAAGUCAUGACCACUGACUGAAGGGUCUGAGAGCAAGUUUGCUCUGUCUUGGUUCCGUUUCCCUUCUGCAUCUUCUGCAGUUUGUGGCCAGGUGAGCCCUGAGGGAUGAGCACUGUGUCCCCGCUUCCGUGGUUAGACUUCCAGAGUGGCCAGGGGAUGCAGGUGAGCUUGGCUUGCUCCCCUUCAAAGUCGCUCUCUUUCUCAGGUGGCCCGUCUCUUCCCCACCGUGGUGCACCAAGUACGUGCUCCCGGGGAAAGGGUGGGGAGAUGUUGAGAUCUCCAGAGCUCUUCUCUCUUGAUAGGAUGGGAGUGGGCCUUCUCGGCUGAGAGCCCCACGUGGCCAGUGUGCACAGGAAGCUCAGUCUGCAUCGCCUCACUGACCUCUUGCCUCUUCAGAGGAGACCCAGGGCCAUGAAGGCCAACAACUAUCUGAGGUCACACGGCCAAGUUGAGGUCUCAUUACUCUUUCUGCUGUUGUCCAGGAUGCUUUUGACGCUGCUGUCCUGCACAGCCCUCCAAAGAUCCCUUGCUGCUGGACUUCUCUGGCUCUGGCCUCUCUUCCUCCCUUAUAUACUUGGCAACUUCUUUCAGCCAAGUGAUUAUCACCCCCCUUCCUCCACUUGACCAUGCCUGUUCAGAAAGAGGGAUGAAAUCAUCCCAGGGGGUUGGGAUAGGGGCAUCAGCUUCUGUUAGGAUGCAUAAAAGGAAAGGCCUUCCCACCAGGGGUACAGGAGGCCAACUUGCCUUCCGGUCCCCACAAAUCUACAUGCCUUGUAUAUACUUGAGAUUUCUGAUUCACUUGAACUCUUUUCCACUAAGAGAUAUCCAUCUUUACUCCAUCAAAGACAGGAGGAAGGUGGACACUGGAUGGAUUUUCCUGGAGCCCUGGGCUCACUGCUUUCUAGCAAGCAUCCAGUUUGGGUCCUCACAGCACCCAUCCCAGGUGGACGGUGCUGUCUUGACCAGCAGCCUGUUAGACUCUUGUUUACAUAGAAGUGAACCAACCUCUCUGAGUUUUGAGAUCCCUCUUAGCCCCACAUCUGGGACCAGAUCUGUUCUUUUUGCUCUGUCUUGAAAGCAAGGCAGCAACCUCUGCCCAGAAAGCAUGAUCUUAGGAGGUCAUUUGCUGCCCACCCAACCAGUCCCUCAUACUUCCAUGGGAGGAAGCAAAUGGAUGCAGACUGCUACCUGGAAGAGAUUUCUGGGGAGGUUCACAGAAAGGUGGAGAGGGAUUCACCUGGCACACCUGUUGUUAGUGCACAGGCACCUGAUGGAGAGAAUGUCUGGUGCAAGAUCCGAAGUGUAGGCUGGAACCUGCCCAUUCUCCUGGUGGGCCGGCUGUGGCACCUGAAAGUUGUGGCUUAGUUCUGAAAGUAGCAUAGUUUGGAACUCACUUCUAAAGUGUGUUCCUCCAGAAUCAUGGUCUUCGUGAGACCCUUGGAGUAUCCUAGGGGAGGCAAGAGUGGCAGGGCAGGGCCUGUUCCCUUGUCUUGCCUCACUGGGCUGCUGGAAGUCAUUUCACUCCCCGAGUCCCUGAAGCUUCCUCCUGCAAUGGUGGGACAGCAUGGGUGGGGUCCAUGAGCACUUAGCACAGAAUGGACUUGACCCACAAAGGCGUUUGGCCUGGAUAUUCUGAUCUCUGGGCACAUUGAACGUCGAGUCCCCAGGAAGCAAGCCAGGUGAUCCUUUCCUUUGGCAGGAGACAGAGCUGGGGAGACGAAGGGACACAGGGACGGCAGACAGUGGUGGUGGUCAUGUGCACUGAGGCCCAGUGCAUUCUGGGUUUCCCAGAGAACUGGGCAUAAAUUCAUCCGUGUUGUUCUUUCUUGACCACAACCUGAUAGAGCCUGCUGCUUCAGGCAAGUGAAAGUCUAUGACCAUGAUUUCCCUGCCAAGAUUGUUUUGAAAAUUGAGUUAUAGAAAAGUUGAAAGAGCACCAUGAGCCUCCCGAUACCUCUCACCCGGACCCACUAACCUCAGCACUUUACCACCUUCCCCUCAACUCUCACUCAGAGAUGUUUGGAGGAUAGAACGUCACGACGUCUGUAACAGUGAGGUGGUUCAGCCAAAGAAAACAUUGUAUAUCUCCCAUGAACAAGCACAUUCUCCUACAUAGUAGUGAUGUCGUCACACCUGAGAAAUUUAGCCUCGUACAAUAUUAUCUAGUAUAACCUGUAUGCAAAAUCCCCCAAGUGUCCCAAAAUUAUCCUGCAGCGCUUUUUGUGAAUCUCAGACGCCACCCAAGAUCACACCCCACACUUGCUUGUCUUAUUGUCCCAGAACCCCCACCCCCCAAUUGAGGGCAUCUCCCUCAGCAGUUGUGUCUCUCUUGAUGUUUUUGAAGAGCCCAGGCCCGUAGUCUUGUAGAACGCCCUAUGAUCUGCUUUUGUCUGCUUGUUCCCUCAGGUUGAGGGACUGUUGGCAAGAAAACAGUUGAUGUUGUGUAGCUAUGAUUUAUGCUUUUGAUGUCGUCUCUCUGGGGACCUCUGUGGUUACUGCUUUCAUUGUGAAUAAAUAAGUCAUAUUAAAUGUUGUUUUCCUCUGUCAGGGGAACUAACUGCAGCUUCAAGAGGCGUCCACGGAUGCUGGGUCUCACUGCCGAAGCCCAAGCAGGCUUCAGAUUUCUGACCUCUCCCGGGGACCUCUUCCAUGUGGGCUGAGCGUCAGCACCUUCCCUACCUGUGGGGUGGCCCAGCUGUAAAUAGAAAGCACAUCGAUGCGUGUCGUGAGGGCCCCGCAAGCUACUCGGGCUCCUCCAUGGUGCAGUGCUGGCCAUGCCCUUCCUUCCAUCACUGAGGUGGAAUUUGUCAUGCUCCACCUGGUCAUUAAGGGCUAUCACCUGUGAUCUUUGAGAUGUUUGCUCUGGCAAGUUCUAGAGCACAGCCCUCCUAGAUCUGAUCUGAUAAAGCAUAGCUGCUGUGUCUACCACCAUUCCCUUUGAUCAGGGAAAUAUGACCAUGCAGGUUCUGCCACUUGGGACCUCUGGAUGAUGGAGAGGUCCUCCUGUCAAAGUCCCUCCUGACCCUUUUGCCCCCUGAUGGAAUUUGUGAUGUCCUCCUCUGGGCUCCCCUGGCCCUGUUCCCCCCAUGGAUGAACACACUGGGAAGUGAACCUCCCAGUCCCAGCCUUAGAAGUGACCAGUGUGGGGUGGGUUCCCAGACAGGGGGAUGACCAUGGGGAAAAAGAUAAUCUGACAUCUUGUCCCACUGGUCACACAUCCUCAUGAUCAAGACCUGCCUUGACUGCCCAAGUGGAAACCAACCCAAAGCCCUGUGGAGACCAGCAGGCAUCGCCCCUCCUGCUGCUCAGUGGCCCACCGCUGGGUGCUGCCUCAGGGGUGAUCGGCAUACCUUCAGAGCAUAGAACACGCCUGACAUUUCCCCUGUGGGAGGGGACCUCGUCCCCGGUGAUGUUCCCGCCACCUGGGUCUGGCCAAUGCCCUUUGCUUGCGGCAGUACUUCUGCUGGAGGUGGAGCAACACGGGAAUGAGUGGGAUGGGUCCCCAGGCCUCAGUGGGACUGCCACUCCAGCUCUGGAGCCCGGGGAGGGGCAAACCCCACCUCUCCUUGUCCCCAGGGGCAGCACAGGGGCGUGCAAGCUGCUCAGGCCUGGCCCUCACAUACCUCAAACCCACCUCGGCCACUCGCAGGCAGGGGGCUUUGCUCCUCCAGGCCUCAACUUCCCCACCUUGAAGUUGGAGUUACAAACAGCCCCUCCUGCACAGGGUACCUGGGAGAACUAGAGGUGGCCCCCACCUACCAGGCACCUGUUCUGUGCCAGCGUUCUCUCCGCUUCACCCACAGGUGCCUGGGCGCAGCCUGGGGCCUCACCUCAGGCUCUCCGCUUUACUGGGGCCUACGCUGCAAAGAGCGCGCGCACCUGCUGCAGGGCGUGUUCCCGCUGGGCAGUUGUUCUACCUGCUGGGUGGGGGCAGAGGCGGGAGCGGGCAGUCAGACACCCCCACUCUGCAGGUCCACCAGCUGAGGCUUGGAAUAGUGGGCAAGUUCAGAGUUCUGUCCUCCAGUGGGCGGGGCGGGG